UUUGAUACACGUGUCCGUUUCCGUAACAACAAUGGCGUCGCCUGUGCUCGGGCUACUGACUUUCUCCUUUCUUUUGCUGCUAAUUUCUCAAAGCUUAGCUGGGCGCGAUUUUUACAAGAUUUUAGGAGUUUCAAGAAGCGCUAAUGUCAACCAGAUAAAGAAGGCAUACCGAAAACUAGCCAAGGAGCUGCAUCCUGAUAAAAACAAGGAUGAUCCACACGCCCAAGAGAAGUUCCAGGACCUGGGUGCAGCGUAUGAGGUCCUCUCAGACAGCGAUAAGCGGAGUGCCUAUGACAAGCAUGGAGAAGAAGGGCUCAAACAUGAUGCCUUUGGAGGCAGUGAUCCCUUUGCAAGCUUCUUUGGAGACUUUGGCUUCUUUGGCGAAGGCUCUCGCAACGAACAGCGGGAGACACCUCGAGGCUCGGAUGUAGUCAUGGACCUCUGGGUGACCCUGGAGGAGCUCUACUCUGGCAACUUUGUGGAGGUGGUUCGUAACAAGCCCACUGUGAAACCCGCCAAGGGCACACGCCGCUGCAACUGCCGCCAGGAGAUGGUGACACGGCAACUGGGCCCAGGACGUUUUCAGAUGAUGCAGCAGUCCGUAUGUGACGAGUGUCCCAAUGUCAAGUUGGUGAGCGAAGAGAAACUUCUUGAAGUGGAAGUAGAGGCUGGCAUGAGAGAUGGACAAGAGCAAGUGUUUGUUGCAGAAGGUGAACCACACAUUGACGGUGAACCUGGUGACCUUAAACUAAGGAUACGAACAAUGCCGCAUCCAGUCUUUGAAAGGAAAGGGGACGACUUGUACACAAAUAUCACCAUCUCCCUCACUGAUGCCAUGGUGGGAUUCGAGACUGAGAUCACCCAUCUGGAUGGCCACAAAGUAACCAUUACUCGGGAGAAAGUGACAUGGCCAGGAGCAAGGCUACGAAAGAAAAAUGAAGGAAUGCCCAACUAUGAAAACAAUAACUUGAAGGGAACCUUGUAUGUGACUUUUGACGUGGACUUCCCCAAAGGGGACCUUAGUGCUGAAAAUAAGGAAGCCCUCAAGAACAUACUUAAGGAAGAAUCCAAAACAAAAAUCUACAAUGGACUGCGUGGUUACUAGUGCAAUGUUUGAAGACCUGCCAUAUAUGUACAGACCUUCGUUUUCAACGUGAAUUCUUAUCCCUUCUAUGGAGGGCACCAAGCUUCGGUAAACGUCCACUGACUGAUUUUAGCAGUGCGUUCCACUGGUGUACAGACUGUUUUACAACCAGUCUUUUGAGCGUGUGCAAGACUUCAGUUGCGCAAGUCAUGUGUUCUGUGUGUUUUUUCAGUUUUGGAAAUAAAGUACAGGCUAAGGGUAAGCUUGCCUUUUCAAGCUCAGUGACACGAAUGCCUCACAUGUACCAUCUUUUUAUCAUGCUUUCACUGACCUUAGUCAUCAGGUCCAAAGGCAUAUUCUUUCUUGUUUAUGUUGGCAUUUGAUAGCCAAGCUUUAUCCAUCUGCGUAAGAGGCUAUGAAAUGUGUGCUGGACACUACAUGUACAAGACAGUGUAACUAACUGAGGAGAAACUUCGGUCUAUCUUUUUACGAUGAAUGAAUGCGUGUGAUUGUGGCCAGUAAUAUCAAUAGAAUGGUUCUUAAAUAUCAAUAGAGGGCUACAUGAAAGGAAGCAACAUUUGCUGCCUUAUCAAAGCUGCGUUUGUAAUUAGAAGUUGCCCCUUUUGUUAAGUAAUCCUAGGAUCACCAAAUGCAAUCGUGGAGGAAGCCAGUGCUGGAAGGAACUACACCUGUAAAAGAAAGACUUGACAACGCUAAAUAGGCACUGCUUCUAAAACAUGUUAGCAUCUGAAGUUUGUAUGUCAGCACAUUUGGCGUUCCUUGAUUUCUCGAGAGUAAAUGUUGCCUCUGAUUGCACACAGCUUUCUGGAUAGCCCUUCGGUAUAGCCAUGCCAAAUGGGCAACAUGCAUCUGUGAACAAUGCUCAAACAGCAGCAGGGAACGAUAUGGCAGAGGUGAAGUGGAAACUUUCAAAAUACUGUGAAAGUUGUUCUCUUAUUUCAUUGUUUUUUUUCCAAAAACCAGGUCACCAUAGCGUAAUUUCUCAAAACAUAUUCAGAAGAAAGAAAUUAAACAAAUACUUUGCACUCACGAGUCCAGCAGUGAACAGUAAUUCUGUUGCCCAUCUGGGAGCAUAAUGCAAGCUAUUAGAACAGGAAAGAAGAAUCCAGGAAGUAAUGUUACUGAGCUGAUCAUGUGGGGUUCAAUAUAUGGAAGCUGCUGCUAAUAUGUCAGCUUGGGCUUGGGUAGUACUGUGACAAUGUCAUUUCAACUAGCUUGUAAAGCCUGUUCUUGACUGAUGUUAAAAUUGGGUAUUUAUUUUUUGAUAAUCUGAACCUUUAAACUGUGUGGGAUUUUGUUAUGUGAUACUGUGCAUCUGCUGAACACAGCUUGACCUUGUGGUAUGCCCUAUUUUAAUUGACCAAGUGCAUGUUGCCACUGUUGACAAUGUGCAUACUGCAGUGUGUGCAUGGCAGUUGUCUUGUGAAGGGUAUGAUAUUGUGUGUACAUGAUAUCAACUUGUUUAUGGGGACAUUGGUCUGCAGUGACCUGUGGAGUCGUAUGCGUUAUAACUUUGUGUUGCACAUCACCAAUUUGCUUCAAACAUGCAUAUUGGAUCACCUGUAUCCUGCAGUCAGUAGUGGUUUUGUCUGAUGAUGUGAAACAGGUUUUUCAAGCACAGGGCUAUAGUGACAGUAAUUUAUGCAAGAGUUUUUGUCAUGUGCCAGUUGAAGUUGCUAAAAAUCAAGGUCGCACAGUCGCACACCUAUUAAAUUGUUUCACUUGAAAAUUUUAAAUUCCUUUUCAUUCCUGGAAAUAUUUGCUCAUUUGGAAUGUCCCAUGAAUGCAAAUGAAAUGAAAGGAUGGUGUUGCAUUGAAACAGGUAUUGUGGUUCGAGUUUCCUAGAACCAUGUGUUGCAUGCUCAAAUGCAGACAUUUGGAAUACAUCCUUCCUGUGAAUUGCUAAGUCAUAGGGAAAUAAAUUAUACUUGUUACGUCGCUUAGA